UUCCUGCCGCUGGCUGUCUUUGUUCGCUCCAGAGACUCAAAGUGUGCAGAAAUGAGGAACAUGUCCGCCGUGCAGCUGCUGCGGGUGUCGGUACAUGCGCGGAUCACUGCUGCCGCUGAAGACUUCCUGCUCGUGGUGGAGAAAGGAGGAGGAAAGGCUCAAGUCCCGGAGCUGAGAGCGCUGCUCACCGAGCGGCUCGAGGCCGCGGGGGAGGAGAUCCUCGCGGGGCUUGAGGAAACCUUGGCAGAGUACGAAGACAGAAUGGAGCAGACAGAGCGAUCCGAGCGGGAGAUCUGCCGCCAGAGGAGGCUGCUCGAUGCCGUGAUGCAGCCCGUAGUCCGGCUGCGCAGAGCAGUGAGUCCUGCAGACGUCCAGCAACUGAUGGUGAAUAAAGAAGAGGUUCCCCCUGAGCAGCAGCAGUGGAGCACCCUUGUGGACCAGGAGGACCAAGAGCCCCCCAACUUAAAAGAGGAACAGGAGGAACCGUGGACCAAUCAGGAUGGACAGCAGCUUCAAGGACUGGAGGAGGCUGAUAUCAGGUUCACAUUGACUCCUGUCGCUGUGAAGAGUGAAGAAGAUGAAGAGAAACUUAAAACGUCAAAGCUUCAUCUGAGUGAGACGAAGGAGAACAGAGCGGACUGUGGAGGACCAGAACCAGCCAGGAACUUAAGUCCUGAUGGACGUUUACAACCAGGUCCUGAGGACAAGACUGAAGACUCUUCUGAGACUGAAGAAAGUGAGGAUGAUUGGAUGGAGACCAGGGAACCUCAGAGUGAUUUAAAUACAAGCAAUAACAAACAGCCUCUAAGUGAUAUUGGAUGUAAGUCAGAAAAAAAAUUGUUUAGUUGCUCUGAGUGUGGUAAAAUAUUUAACCAAAUGGGCCAUGUAAAUUCACAUAUGAGGAAGCAUACAGGAGAGAAACCGUUUAGUUGCCCUGAGUCUGAGUGUGGUAACAGAUAUAGAGAUAGGAGCAGUCUAAACAUACAUAUGAGGAGUCAUACGGGAGAGAACCAGUUUAGUUGCCCUGAGUGUGGUAAAAGAUUUAACAAAAGGGGCCAUCUAAAUUCACAUAUGAGGGGUCAUACAGGAGAGAAACCGUUUAGGUGCCCCGAGUGUGGUAAAAGAUAUAGGGACAGGAACAAUCUAAAUAUACAUAUGAGGAGUCAUACAGGAGAGAAACCGUUUAGCUGCUCUGAGUGUGAUAAAAGAUUUAACCAAAGGGACCAACUAAAUAGACAUAUGAGUAGUCAUACAGGAGAGAAACCGUUUUGUUGCCCUGAAUCUGAGUGUGGUAAAAGAUUUAGAGAUAGGAGCGUUCUAAAUAUACAUAUGAGGAGUCAUACAGGAGAGAACCAGUUUAGUUGCCCUGAGUGUGGUAAACGAUUUAACAAAAGGGGCCAUCUAAAUACACAUAUCAGGAGUCAUACAGGAGAGAAACCGUUUAGUUGCUCUGAGUGUGGUAAAGGAUUUAACCAAAGGGGCCAUCUAACUGCACAUAUGCGGUGUCAUACAGGAGAGAAACCGUUUAGUUGCUCUGAGUGUGGUAAAAGUUGUAACACAAGGUCAAAUCUAAAUUCACAUAUGAGGUGUCAUACAGGAGAGAAACCGUUUAGUUGCCCUGAGUGUGGUAAAAGAUACAGCGAUAGGAGCAAUCUAAAUAAACAUAAGAGGAGUCAUACAGGAGAGAAACCUAUUAGUUGAUCUGAGUGUGAUUAAAAAAGAUUGAAGAUUCAGUCCUAUGUACGAGAUGUGAGGAUUCAUGAAGGAGAGAAGUCAAUAAAUCAAUCAAAUUGA